UCUCUCUCUCUCUCUCUCUCUCUAUGGCGACAACACCAGCGUGUCUAGGUAGCCCUCAUCCUCUCAAUUCUCUUAUCUCGCUCUCGCAGACGCUCACAAUCUCUCUCUCUCGUAGACCGGCGUCUACAGAUCUCCCCAUUUUCUCACUCUCUAACAGUGGCGGUAACUACCCACCGAUGACAACAUCGGCGUCUCUAAAUCUCCCUCUAACAUCCAGGUGGGACUAUGGAGGUGGCGCACUUGAUCGCGCCAAGGGCAACAAAAGGAACUGGAUUCUUGUUUGGGAAGAUGGGUUUUCUGAUUUUUACAAAUGCGAAAAAGCUGGAAACGUAAAGGGAAGGUUUGGAGCUAAUGUGUUCUUUAAAAUGUCCCAUGAGGUGUACAGUUAUAGUGAAGGAAUGGUAGGGAAAUAG